UCAUUUGACAUUAACACCGAACGAUGUAGCAAAGCAAAAUUGUAGAAGUGAUAUCUGGUAUGUGAAAAAUUUGUUAGCAUAGAAUUUUAAAAAAGUGAUAAAUACAAUGCAUUUAUUCAACAAAAAAUGAUUGAAAAGUGGUGUUAGCAUUACUGCAAACAACAAUAAAGUGGAAUUAUACUAUUAAAACCCUUCCAAUAUACGAAAAGACACUGAAAACAAUAUCACCAAAAAGCGGUGCGGUCGGGUACAGAAUAAUUGUGGCAAUAGCAAAUCAGUACAGAAGAAGGGAUCGCUAGUAUGGCACGCCCAAUUUAUCCGAAUCAGCAGAAGAUUGCUGAAAAGCUUGUUAUACUGAAUGAUCGUGGUCUGGGUAUACUAACACGUAUAUAUAACAUUAAAAAGGCAUGCGGCGACACUAAAUCAAAGCCAGGCUUCUUAUCAGACAAAUCGCUUGAGUCAUCAAUUAAAUUUAUUGUAAAGCGUUUCCCAAACAUUGAUGUGAAGGGCUUGAAUGCAAUAGUGAAUAUAAAAGCGGAGAUUAUUAAAUCGCUCUCAUUGUAUUACCACACAUUUGUUGAUUUGCUCGAUUUUAAAGAUAAUGUUUGCGAAUUGCUUACCACCAUGGAUGCGUGCCAAAUACACCUGGACAUCACACAAAAUUUUGAGUUGACAAAAAAUUAUCUGGAUUUGGUAGUCACAUAUGUAUCGUUAAUGAUACUACUAUCGCGCGUUGAAGAUCGCAAAGCUGUGCUGGGGCUUUAUAAUGCGGCUUACGAACUACAGAACAAUCAAGCUGAUUCUGGCUUUCCGCGUCUGGGACAGAUGAUACUCGAUUACGAGGUGCCCUUGAAACGUUUAUCAGAAGAGUUCAUACCGCAUCAGCGUUUACUGACCAACGCUUUACGCUCGCUCACGAUAAUCUAUCCUUUGCGAAAUUUACCAGCUGAUAAAUGGCGUGAAAUGCAAAAACUAAGCUUGGUAGGCAAUCCUGCCAUUCUAUUGAAAGCCGUGCGCACAGAUACAAUGUCCUGCGAAUAUGUUUCACUCGAAGCAAUGGAUCGUUGGAUAAUUUUUGGACUACUACUAAAUCAUCAAAUGCUUGCGCAGUAUCAGGAGGUAAAUAAAAUAUGGGUAUCCGCCCUCGAGUCAAGUUGGGUAAUUGCGCUGUUUCGCGACGAAGUGCUGCAAAUACAUCAGUACAUUCAAGGCACAUUUGAUGGCAUCAAAGGGUAUAGCAAACGUAUAAGCGAGGUAAAGGAAGCCUAUGCAGUAGCAACACAGAAAGCUGCGUUGAUGCAUCGUGAGCGCAGAAAGUUUUUACGCACCGCCUUGAAGGAGCUUGCAUUGAUAAUGACCGAUCAGCCUGGUUUGCUGGGGCCAAAGGCGAUUUUCAUUUUUAUUGGUUUGUGUUUGGCUCGCGACGAAAUAUUGUGGCUUUUGCGGCAUAACGAUAAUCCGCCGGUACAAAAGAACAAAGGAAAAUCUAACGAGGAUCUCGUUGAUCGCCAAUUGCCUGAAUUGCUUUUCCACAUGGAAGAACUGCGUGCGUUAGUGCGAAAGUACAGCCAAGUAAUGCAACGCUAUUAUGUGCAAUAUCUUUCUGGAUUCGAUUCGAUCGACCUCAACAUACGCAUGCAAAGUUUGCAGGUUUGUCCCGAGGAUGAAAGUGUAAUACUUUCUUCUCUCUACAAUACGGCUUCAAGUUUGACUGUAAAGCAAGUGGAGGAUAACGAAUUAUUUGAUUUUCGUGCUUUCCGUCUUGAUUGGUUCCGCUUACAAACGUACAUGAGCGUUAGCAAAGCAGCGCUGCGCAUCACGGAGAAUGUUGAGCUGGCUCGUUUGCUGGAUUCUAUGGUUUUUCACACGCGCGUUGUUGACAACUUAGACGAGAUACUCGUUGAGACGUCCGAUUUAAGUAUCUUUUGUUUCUACAGUAAAAUGUUUGACGAUCAAUUCCAUAUGUGCUUGGAAUUUCCCGCACAAAAUCGUUAUAUUAUUGCAUUUCCAUUGAUUUGCAGUCACUUCCAAAAUUGCACACAUGAAAUGUGCCCCGAAGAACGUCAUCAUAUACGUGAACGUUCGCUAAGUGUGGUUAAUAUCUUCUUAGAGGAGAUGGCCAAAGAGGCUAAGAAUAUUAUAACAACAAUUUGUGAUGAGCAAUGCACCAUGGCGGAUGCGCUGCUGCCGAAACACUGUGCCAAGAUACUGUCUGUACAGUCAGCGCGCAAAAAGAAGGAUAAAUCCAAGAAACAAUUCGAUGACAUACGCAAACCAGGUGAUGAAUCUUAUCGAAAGACGCGCGAGGAUUUGACUACCAUGGACAAGCUACAUAUGGCACUUACCGAGCUAUGUUUCGCCAUAAACUACUGUCCCACAGUGAAUGUGUGGGAGUUUGCAUUCGCACCGCGUGAAUAUCUAUGCCAGAACUUGGAGCAUCGUUUUUCACGUGACCUCGUCGGCAUGGUGAUGUUCAAUCAGGAAACAAUGGAAAUCGCAAAGCCCUCGGAACUCUUGGCGACUGUGCGUGCUUAUAUGAAUGUGUUGCAGACUGUGGAGAAUUAUGUGCAUAUCGACAUAACGCGCGUGUUCAACAACUGCUUACUACAGCAGACCCAGACGUUGGAUUCGCAUGGUGAGAAGACCAUUGCGGCGCUAUACAACACAUGGUACAGUGAGGUGCUGCUGCGGCGCGUCUCUGCCGGCAACAUUGUAUUCUCAAUGAAUCAGAAAGCAUUUGUGCCCAUCUCCCCCGAAGGUUGGGUACCUUUCAAUCCGCAAGAAUUCUCCGAUCUCAAUGAGUUGCGUUCGCUGGCCGAGCUUGUUGGCCCUUACGGCAUCAAAUCGCUCAACGAGACACUUAUGUGGCACAUUGCCAAUCAAGUGCAGGAGCUGAAACAGCUUGUCGCCACCAAUAAAGAUGUGCUUAUACUGUUGCGCACGAGUUUCGAUAAGCCCGAAGUGAUGAAGGAGCAAUUCAAACGCUUGCAGGAUGUUGAUCGCGUGCUCCAACGCAUGACCAUCAUUGGCGUCAUACUUUGCUUUCGUAAUUUGGUGCAUGAAGCGCUCGUUGAUGUGCUUGAGAAACGAAUUCCUUUCUUGCUUAGCUCCGUGCGUGAUUUUCAAGAACAUUUGCCGGGAGGCGAUCAAAUACGCGUCGCUUCCGAAAUGGCCUCUUCAGCUGGAUUGCCGUGCAAAGUCGAUCCAACACUUACGACCACACUCAAAUCGAAGAAACCCGACUUUGAUGAAGGGGAGCACCUGGUUUCGUGCUUGCUAAUGGUGUUUGUAGCCGUUUCCAUACCAAAGUUGGCUCGCAAUGAAACCUCUUUUUAUCGCGCCUCCAUCGAUGGUCACUCGAAUAACACCCAUUGCAUGGCGGUAGCGAUUAAUAAUAUAUUUGGUGCGCUUUUCACCAUUUGCGGGGAGAACGACAUAGAAGAUCGCAUGAAGGAGUUUUUGGCGUUGGCCAGCUCAUCACUUUUGCGUUUGGGGCAAGAGUCCGACAAGGAGGCUACACGUAAUCGUGAAUCGAUUUAUUUACUCUUGGAUGAGAUUGUUAAACAAUCGCCCUUCUUGACAAUGGAUCUGCUUGAAUCUUGCUUCCCUUAUGUACUCAUACGCAACGCAUAUCAUGCGGUCUAUAAACAGGAGCAGAUGUUGGGACUUUAAACGGGGAAAGUGCGUUGAGAAGGAAAAGUACUUUUUAGGUGAAGUUUGAAUGUGGAGCUCCACAUUAGAAAUUGGAUUAGAAAUUUAAGGAGUUGAUCUUUGCAAGCAACUUGAAAAGUAUUCACUCUCUGUCUUUUGCUGCUGUCUACCCUCUACAUUCUAUUUCGGCAUUUAUAGUUAUCGAAUGUGUUAUGCAAAUUAAUAGACAUACAUACAUACGUAUUAUAUGAAUAUAUAUUUAGCAUGGUAGGCAUAAAUUUCGCUAACUUAUAUUAACAUACAUUCAUACAAACAAUAAUAAAAUAUAAUAUUAAAAUUUU